GGAAACGACUCCUCCCUUGAGAGUCAAAAUACUAACAUUUCACUGCCAAUAUUCAUUUUAUCUUUGGAAGCGUAUGCAUUGCUCGGGACCUGCCUUCACAAAAUGGUAAUGUUUAAGUCUGUCACACUGGAUGCAGUUUAAAGGCAAAUUUUAUCGUCAGAGCAACCAUUUUUACUACAUUUUACUCUUGCAGGGAAGUUUAUCGGAAGAUCAAAUAGCAGGUAGGAGCGACGUGAUAUGAAGCUUCAUGGUUUUCCAAUCAUCACGUUUUCCUUUCGUGUCAAUUUUCCCGUAAAAUGGUUCAACUACUCGAUAUAUUUUUUCUCUGUCAUCUCCAGAGCAUAAGGAAGCCUUUUUACUUUUCGAUAAGAGAGGAGAUGGAAAAGUUGACUCGGCUCAACUUGGAGAAAUCCUUCGAUCUCUUGGAUUGAACCCCACCGAAGCUGAUGUCAAGAAGGUUUUGAAGGAAGUAGAUCCAAGCGGUAGGAAACUUGUUAUAGUGAAGAUAUAAUUAAUAGUUAACACAACACUAAAGAAAGCUUCGAACUGAGUAGAUUCCUCAUCGAAAAUUGCCGACAUAUCCAUCAGAGCUGCGGUUUCGAAAGCAUGUUUACAUAACACAACGUCAACGUUUUAGAAUUGUUUAAGCUUAUGUUUUGGCACAUAAUAAACCUCGGAAAUUCUUUUAUCGUUUUGGGCAAUUUCCUCUGCCUGUCAUAGGUUUCACUCUAUAAAGUAACCGUUUUACUUGAGGAAGCUUUGCUAGCGAAUAGUGAACAACAUCAUAACAUACGAAAAAUUGUUUGCUCGCUUCACCAAGGAAGAAGGUAGCUUAAACAAACUUCAGUUUCUGUUAAACAAAAUUUGAUGAUUCCAGCUGUGAUGCAUAUGCAGGUCUACAAACUUAAGAAUGUCUGUCGUGAUCAUUUAAUAAUCUGACCCUUUGUAUUGAUCUGCUAAGUUUCUGCAUGCGAAGCCGGUCCGCUUUGUCCCAGCAACAAUGAAUCUCACUGUGAUUUUGCUGUGGGUCAUUAAUCAUCAAAGCAAGGUCUUUUAUAUUAUCGGUAAUUAGCAAAGCAAAUCUUGCGAUUAUGCAUUUGCUGCAACAGACACAUCAUUGAUCAGCUAGCUUAGUUCGCAGGUCAACAAUGAAAGACGUACACCUAUGAGACCGGCCCCGGCUAUAUCCAUCUUAGAGAGGCAGGGCUGUCAACUCCCCAUGUCUUCAAAUAUUGAGAAUUGAUGGAAAGGGAUGAUAGAUGACGUCAUAAUGCAGUUGUGAAAAAAAAAGCACGAAAAAGAUGUUGUUGGAAUUGUAACAUUUUACCUAAGAUUGUGAGGAAACGUUCAAUGUUACCAAUAAAAUAGCUCAAACAAUGCAAAAUAUUUGAAAUUUCAUUGACAGGAAGUAGAAUCUACAAGAAAUGGCAAACUUUAGUGAUUAUCCGGGAGAUUUCAGUCUCUAAUCUGGAGACCGAGAGAAAUGGUUCAAAAUCUGGAGUCUCCCGGAUUAUCUGGGACAGUUGACAGCCCUGGAGAGGUGUCUGGCUUAAAGAGGGGGACAUGUGGGUUUACAGUAUUGCGCUAUUGAGCUUUUUUCAAGCGGUAUUUUGGUAAUUUUGAUUUUAAUGGGCGGUAUUGUCAGUGGUAUUAUCCAGCCCUGCGGUAUGCAGUUUUUCAUCCUUCUGGCUAAAGGUAUCCAGUAAAAGAAGAUCCUUCACGGUAUUGCGGUACUGUUCAUUUGGCCUCUCCUGUCUAAUGUAGGUCAAUAUUAUUUUGGAAGACUUCAGACAGCGGUAAAUGAUUACACAAUUUCGUGACAGUUACUCUAUAAUGAAAUUGGUAGGACAUGCAAUGAUGGGGCUUUUUGAUUGCUGUACCAAUCAGUUCGAGGUCUUCUCACGUUUUCUCGCGAUAGCUGAGGUUGAUUUCUGGUGUAUACAUGCUUGAGAUAAACAAACAUAUGAGAUGGAUACAACUUUAAGUAAGCGUGACCAAUCAUAAAUACAGUAUCGGUAUUUCGUCAAUUUUCGACACCGUAUUGCGGUAUUUGCCAGUUUUUCUUACAGUACUGUGGUAUUGGUUACCCCUUAAUGUUCCCCUCCUUAAAGAGAGUCAAGGUAAUGUGACACCAGUAAAAACUUCAGCUGCACCCAUUCGCAUUGAAUAAUAUAUUCUGUUUAACCUACAAUUUGGUAAUGAGAUCAACUCACUAUUUAACUGUUGUAGUUCAAUGUUUAUCGGUGUUCAACGUCAUUUUAAGUCCGGAAAAUUCACUUAAGUCUCUUUUUUUGAACUCAUAAAUAUUAUCGACAAACAGACUUUUUCCUUGGGAGAGCAUUUGACCACUACAUGCACAUUUGGCAGACCUUCCGUAAUUUGGGCACCCCUCUCGUUCGAAUAUCGGUUGACACUAUCCUCCAGUUAUUGGCCAUUACCCGGUCAACAUGUUGGCAGACAUCUUGGUGGACACUCAGUCAACAGGUCGGUUGACUAUCAGAUGACAUGUCAGCCGGCCUCUCGGCAGACACUCAAGUAAUAUAUAUGGAUACUGAUAUAUGUAUAUACAGCAAGUGUCAAGGGUUGGCAGAAUAUCCCUCCACUAUGUGUGGUACUUGUGUAUAAAGUAAUUUGUGUUAAUCAGAACUGAUAUGUAAGAACAGACAGUAGCUCAAAGAAACAUUUAACAAAGUAACCCAAUUAAAAAAUUUAGCUGCAAAUUGGUGCACCUAUUCUCUCAAACUCUGUGCCUGCUCUAUCAAGUAAGGGUACAAGGUAGUUUGAAGAAAAGAAUUGAGCAGAUACUUGCAAUUUAUGCUCUCUUAUUCAUUAGACUGAUCAAAGCUCCGAAAAUCCCUUAAAAAUUGCUGCCUGGACAAUGGACCAAAAGAAUUUGAACUGACAUGCAGGAAAUAUGACCAAGUAUCAGUAAAGUAUCGGCCUAUCGAUUAAUGUAUCGGCCAAUUAUUGGUCAACAUUCUGAAACACUAUUGGCUGAUAUGUUAGUCCUCAUGCAGGCCGACUCUCCGUCGGCUAUGAGUCAACAUACAGUGUACACUCGGCCAACUGAUGUCAACCAACAUAUUGACUGAUCCUGCAAAGGACUGAAAUUUUGAUUUUAGUGAUCUGAAAUGUAAGGGUAAGGAUUGCGAGAUGCAUACUGCACACUCACACCUAAAAUGCAAAAAUCUGUGUUUUGUUUGUUUUCCUUUUCAGGUAAUAAACGCAUCUCCUUUGAGGAAUUUUUGCCAAUUUUCCUUUCAAUUGGAGGAAAAACAUCAACUAACACUUCCAUUGAAGGUUUUGUAGAUGGUUUGCGUGUCUUUGACAGAGAUGGAAAUGGCCAGAUCUCAGCUGCUGAACUGCGACAUGUUCUCACAGGACUGGGUAGGGUAAUCAUUGAUCCUCUCUGGAGAGUAUGCAUCAUAUGGGAUGAGUUCUCUGACUCACAGAAUGAUGCAUACCCUCUGCUCAUAGAAUGGUGGGUGCCAACAGUAGAAAAUAAAUGGUGAAAAAAGCCAAGAACAAAAUCUAAAAUGCCAGAAUUAUUGGUUUUGAUACCUGUUGGUACAUGUUCAUACUACUACUGUACUUAAGUUUUUCUGGAAACUUUCUACACCAGAGAUUCACACAGUUGUUCUCUUUUUUUCACAAUUUCGCUCCAUCACAAAAUAUGCAUUGACCCUUUGAUGACUGCAGCUUGGUCAUUUUCAUUUCAUUUGGAAGGUGAAUAUUUUCCUUCCUGGACCCAUUUAGCUGUCUGUAAUAAGUUGCUAAGCAGCAAUCUCAGCAAAGAUCUUUCCAUCGAUACAUCCAAAGAAACACUGGGGGGAAAAAUCCACUGCCAAUUUCACUGUUUAUACUUACUUCUCUUUGAGGAUUAAAUUUGUCUUUUUCCUAAAAAACUAGCCAGCCACAAUUCUAUGCAAAAGUAAGACAAUAAAGCGGUGGCAACAAAACUGCUUAUGAAGAAGAAAGGCAAAGGAAAAAAGAGAGUGUCAGGAGAAAGAUUGAAAUAGAUUCGCAAAACAUAAACAAGCUCAAAAUUUGGCUUUUGCGCAUGUGAGAAAGCCAAUUGCAAAAAAGGGCUUAUUUACAUGCCAACCAGAUGUAAUUAUUACAUCUGGUUAGCUUUUAAAUAAGACCUUUUUAUAAUACAUGCUAAAUUGACUGUCUGCACCCUAAUAACAACUAGCUGUAUGUCACAACACAAUUGUGCAGAGCAACACUGUUUGAAACUAGUCAAGUCAUUUUUAUAGUGUCUCCCCACAACUGCCCAACUCUGUUUACAGGUCAAGCCCAAGGCUAGCUUUUGUUGCUGAUGGUAAAUUAUAACUUCGAAAGUUCAGGCAUGCAGAUUUGUUUGCCGCAGUUUUGUUCCUAGGCAACUAUGGACACAAACCUGCCAAUUCUAUAUGGGCCACUGUAGAUUGUACUUUGUUAGGCAACCCUAGAUCUGCCUCUGGCACAAACCAUUUCAUGUACUCAUUAAACCAUGUUCUUGCUUGGCUCAAUAGAAAAUUGUUGACAUCGAACAAGAUGAAAUCUACAAAGCAUUGUUAAUCAAGAAAGAAACUGAAUGAAUUGAAUGAUUUUACAUUUUUAUGCUUUCCUAAUAUUUUGGACUAAUUCUCAUUGGGGCGUCUCUUGGACAGGACUCAGGCGUUUAUAUGACGGGGGUGUCUAAUAAAAUUUUAACUGUGUAGUGAGGGUUUUUUAUUAGAUAAGAGGUAUUUAUUUGGAAGUGGGCGUUUAUUAGGUCAUUUAUCGUUUAUGUUAUAUUUUUUAGGAGAGAAAAUGACUGAAGAAGAAGUAAAUUUACUUGUCAGUGGAAUAGAGGACCAGCAAGGACAAAUUAACUAUGAAGGUAUAAUUAUGUAA